AUGGUCAACUUCAGAAGCAUCCUGAAGAUACUACAGUUCCUGAAAUUACUAAUUUUUUCAUUUUUUAAGAAUGUCAUCUCAUUUGUAUUUCCUCCAUGCAAAAAAACUUUUGCUGGGGAAAUAGUGCUUAUUACUGGCUCUGCAAAUGGGAUCGGAAGGCAGAUUGCCUUAAAUUUUGCUCCUCUGGGAGCAACCUUGGUUCUUUGGGACAUUGAUGAUGAAGGUAACAAAGAAACAAGCAGAUUAGCCCAAGAAAAAGGAGCUAAACGAGUGUUUGCCUACCACUGUGACUGCAGCAAUAGGGAGGAGGUCUAUGACCAGGCAGACAAGGUUAGAAAAGAAGUUGGGGAUGUUACUAUUCUAAUCAAUAAUGCUGGCCUACUGCUUGGGAAAAAGUUCUGUGACAUUCCAGAUGCAGAUUUUGAAAAGACCUUAAGAGUCAACUUCCUCUCUCAAGUCUGGACUUGCAAGGCCUUUCUUCCAGCCAUGAUGACCUGUAACCGUGGACACCUGGUUAGCACAGCCAGUGCAGCAGGAUUGUUGGGUAUCUACAGAAUGACAGAUUAUGCUGCAAGUAAGCAUGCAAUCAUUGGAAUGAUGGAAGCCUUAAAUUCUGAACUGUAUCAUGCAGGAAAACAAGGCAUUAAAACUACAAUCAUUUGCCCUUAUUUUGUUAAUACUAAAUUAGCCAAAGGUUUUCAAAGCCAAAACUCCCUUUUACUUCCUGUUUAUGAUGCAAAGUAUGUAGCCAGCAAGAUCAUGGAUGCAAUUCAAAAGGAAAAGUUUUAUCUAAUUAUGCCUCUGACUUUACAAGCUCUUGCUUUCAAAACUCUCAUUCCUAGAAAAAUGGUACUACUCUUGGGAUCUUGCCUGAAGAUCCCCAAGAGCUUGGAUAAAGCCUUCGGUUGGAAGAAAAAGGAUUGA